AUGCAAGGAAACUAUGCAUACGUCGAAAAAUUGAAUAGACAUAGCAGAAUCAUGCCAUUGAGAGGUAAGAUCGCAACAUUGGGUAGAAACUCAUUCGUUGCACCAAAUUCAAGUGUCAUUGGAGAUGUUCAAAUUGGAAAUCAAUCGUCAGUCUGGUACAACACAGUGUUGCGUGGUGAUGUAAACUCGAUCGUUAUCGGUGACGAGUCUGUCAUCAGUGACCGUUCCGUUGUACACUGCAGCAGUGGUAACGGACCAAAGGGUGCUCAACCAACCGUCGUUGGUAAUCGUGUAUACGUUGGACCAGGUUCGAUUAUUCACGCCUGCAAGAUCGAGGACGAUGUUCACAUCGGUGCCGGAUCGAUCGUCUACGACGGUGCCGUCGUCGAGGCCGGUGCCCAAUUGGAGGCCGGCUCACUGGUCACCGCUGGAAAGCGUGUGCCAGCCGGACAGCUCUGGGCCGGUAGUCCAGCCAAGUUUGUACGUGAGGUCAGCGCCGCCGACAAAGAGAUGCAUCAAUUGACCAUCAGCGACAACAACACACUCUCUGCCGAACACGAAGUACAAACUUCAAAAUCCGCCAAACAACAACACAUCGAUCAACUAGAGAAUUUCGCACACCGUCGUGAACGUCCAGAGAACAUUCUUAACCCAGCAACCGCUCACAACUAA